UGACGCCGACUUGCCUUUUAUCAAACAACCACACCGUCACGGCUUAACCCAUUACUAUUUACUAUUAUCAUUGCUGGCUGGCCUGCCCCUUCUGUUUUCAUCUCUUCUCGAUAUCGCCGUCUUGCCCCAUCUCAGCCUGCUCGUCAGCUUGCUUGGUAUUUAAAUUCUGUCCCCCUCUUCGCAUCUCCUCUUACACAAUGGCCGCUGCCAGACGGUCCCUCUGCCGUGCCAUCCCCGCAUUGACUGCCAGAAGAGCCUCGCCCCAAAUCACUUCCUCCUUCAUCACCUCGACCAGAAUGUCUCCCGCAGAACAAGUCGCUAAGCGACGGCUACAUGCCACCACCCGACAUCUCGCAGCAGCCAGCCCUGCUGCCGUCGACUACCCCACUACCCACGAGAAGAUCACAAACAUCGUCGACACCCCCAAUUUCAUCGACAACAAGUUCGUCCCCUCACAAGCCACCACCUGGAUCGACCUCCACGAUCCUGCUACCAACAACCUUGUGACCCGAGUUCCUCAAUCCACCGAUGCUGAGCUCAAGGCUGCCACCGCAUCCGCCGAGAAGGCGUUCAAGACAUGGAAAAACACCUCCAUCAUCACCCGUCAACAAAUCAUCUUCAAGCUCACUCACCUGAUCCGCCAGAACAUGGACCGUCUGGCUGCGUCCAUCACCCUGGAACAGGGCAAGACUUUUGCUGAUGCCAAGGGUGACGUUCUCCGUGGUCUCCAAGUCUGCGAGACUGCCUGUGGCAUCACCACCCAAUUGACUGGCGAAGUCAUUGAAGUUGCCAAAGACAUGGAGACCCGCUCCUACCGAGAACCCUUGGGUGUAACUGCCGCCAUCUGCCCCUUCAACUUCCCCGCCAUGAUUCCCCUCUGGAGUGUGCCUCUCGCCACUGUCACUGGCAACACCUUGAUCCUCAAGCCCAGCGAACGUGAUCCUGGUGCGGCCAUGAUCAUUGCCGAGCUGUGCAAACAGGCAGGCUUCCCCGACGGUGUGGUCAACAUUGUUCACGGUGCCGCUCGCACCGUCGACUACAUCAUUGACGAGCCCGCCAUCAAGGCUAUCUCCUUUGUCGGCUCCAACCGCGCCGGUGAAUACAUCUAUACUCGUGGCUCCGCCAACGGAAAGCGUGUGCAAGCCAACUUGGGAGCCAAGAACCACGCGGCCGUCCUGCCCGACUGCAACAAGAACCACGCCUUGAACGCCAUCACCGGCGCUGCCUUUGGUGCCGCUGGCCAGCGAUGCAUGGCUCUCAGCACCUUGGUCAUGAUUGGCGAGACCAAAGACUGGGUUCCUGAAAUUGCUGAGCGCGCCAAAGCUUUGGUUAUGGACGGUGGUUUCGAGGAAGGAGCAGAUCUUGGUCCCCUGAUCAGCCCUCAGAGCAAGGCACGAGUUGAGGCUCUGAUCCAGAGCGCUGAAGACGAAGGCGCCACAAUCCUUCUUGACGGACGAGGCCAGAAGCCAGCCAAGUACCCCAACGGAAACUGGGUUGGCCCCACCAUCAUCGCCAACGUCAAGCCCCACAUGAAGUGCUACACCGAAGAAAUCUUCGGACCCGUAUUGGUGUGCUUGAACGUUGAGACGACAGAGGAAGCCCUCGACCUGAUCAACAGCAACCAAUACGGUAACGGAGCCGCCGUCUUCACCCGCAGCGGAGCCACAGCAUCAUUGUUCCAGAAGGAGCUCGAGGCCGGCCAGAUUGGUAUCAAUGUCCCCAUCCCAGUGCCCUUGCCCAUGUUCAGCUUCACCGGAAACAAGAAAUCUGUCGCCGGUACCGGUAUGAGCAACUUCUACGGAAAGGACGGUUUGCGCUUCUACACUCAAUGGAAGACCGUCACCAGCUUGUGGAAGGCCGAGGAUGCCAUCGCCACUGAGAAACAAGUCGCCAUGCCUACUCAUUCAUAAGUCUUAUGAUUUGAGCCGACAGUAACAGAAACUGAAGUGGGAGAGGAGGAAAGAAAUGAAACCUUCGUUCUACUCGAUUAUUGGGGAAAAGGCCCAAAAAGUGUAAUUUUUCCCAGGCACCCCGGAUUUGUGCCUAUAGGUUGGAGGUCUUUCUGGAGUAUAUAUGUAUAUCUGGCUGUCGGCUAUCAAUUUGACACACUCGGCCGGUUGUCAUUGUCUGAUCUACUUGCUCGCUCGCUAGGUUGAUCGACAGAGCAGUUGACACAUGUCGAAAUUCAAAUCAAAUUGUUUCCAACAGAGAGACGGUCUAUGCCCGCCCAUCUAUUGUCCUCAUUAUAUCAAUCAGCAACUGUCAACGGAUAGUGGUUUGGUACUGAAGGGUAGCUCGUUAGGUACCUGCGGUAGGUACCCAUUCUAUGAUGUACGGAUACAUGCACGUAGGUAGAUAUAUCUGUACAUAGGUACUUACGACAUUCCAGACGACGCACACUGUCAC